UUGAAAAUAUCUCACUCGGAUCUUGUCUUUUUUGUUUUUUGUUUUUUUUUUUUGUUUAUCUCAACAAUCACCGGCAAUAAAGAUAUGGAUAUCUCCAACAUAGCUAGAAAACUUGAUCUCUCUGACAACAACUUUGUGGUCCGAAAAGCUGCAGAGAUUCGCCGUCUCUGCGAUGCUCAGUUCGAUUCAUCCAUCAUCGGCGUUGGAGAGAUCUGUAAAGCUGUGAUAUGUCUCGAAAUCGCAGCGUCUCGGUUGCAGGUUAUUUUCGACAGACAAGCGGCGGUUAAGUUGAGUGGCAUGUCGGAAAAGGCGUACACCAGAUCAUUCAAUAGCCUCCAAAACGUUAUUGGGUUCAAGAUUAAGCUCAAUAUUAAAGAAUUGGCGAUUCAAUUUGGCUGCGUUAGGAUAAUCAAAUCCGUGCAAAACAUACUAUCUUCUUAUAAGGAGAGGUUUCUUGCAUCACUACCAGCAUCAAGACGGGCUAAUGCUGACUUCACUAGACCUGUAUUUACCGCUGCUGCUUUCUAUCUUUGUGCUAAAAAGCAGAAGCUCAAGGUUGAUAAGCUUAGGCUGAUCGAGGUUUGUGGAACAUCAGAAUCUGAGUUCUCUUGUGUCUCGACCUCCAUGACAGAUCUUUGCUUUGACUGUGUUGGGGUCUCCAAGGAAAAGAAAGAUGCAAAAGACGUUAAAGGGAACCGAGAGUUGCUUGAUGUGUUACCUGGAAAGAGGAGAUUAGAAGAUGGUGGAUAUUCAUCUGAUGAUGAGUCUUCUUGUUACAAAAGACACAAGAAGAUGGAGGAGGCUAAGUACGAAGAUUGGAAAUCAACAGUUGUUGAUUCCAUCAAGAAGAAUCCAGAGAAAGGAGCUAAGAAAGUUAUACAGACCAGUCUCAGUUUCUCAAAGAAGGAUGAUACAAAAGAGUUGCAAGUUGAUUCAUAGCCUUUCAUAGACAAGACUCAACAUCCAGUUCAUAUUCCUUGAUGUUUUCACUUUACAUGAAAGAAAAUGUGGAAAUGACAAUUCUUGAAAAGAAAUGUUGUUUUGCUCAAUAACAAUUUUGUCUAAGCAAAUUAUAAUACAUA